GAGGCGCAUGCGCAGAGCGCGUCUCCUCCGGCCGUUUGAAACCAUGGCGGCAGAUAGCGUAUCAGUAACAGAGCAGUGGAUCCGGGAAAAGCUCAGCCUGCAGCACCGCUGUCUGGCGGAUGUCCGAUCACUGAGCCUCCCUGGAUCUGGAUAUGAAACGGGGAAGAUCUGUCAUCUGGGAAUCUCUCUGAAGAAUUUUGUCCGUCUGAAAAGUCUGGAUCUCUCUUACAAUGUACUGGAUUCAGUUCAGGGAAUUGUACAUUUGAAGCUGCUGGAGAAGCUGAACCUGUACUAUAACAGGAUCUCGUCUCUGGAGGAAGUCCUGACUCUGUGCAGACUCCAGAACCUGCAGGAGCUGGACCUGAGACUCAACCCUGUCGUACAGAAACACCCACACUACCGCCUGUACCUCGUCCAUGCCAUCUCCAAGCUCCGCAAACUAGAUGAUUGUGCUGUAAGAGACAGAGAGAGGAGUGCAGCUCUGAUGCAUUUCUCAGUGGAGUCGGCACUCGAGCCAGACCACAGCUCACAACUUCUCACUGAGGAGAAACGAGAGAGGAGUAGUGAUCCCAGAAUUGCCUCAGUGAAGAAGAUGAUGAUGAGGAAGCUGUCUCUUCGGGAGGGUAAUGAGGAAACGGCUCUAAAUCACAGAUUCAGCUCUUCAGAUCCUCUUCCUCACACUGAGAGGAAGACUACAGCAGAGUCACAGUGCACUCAUUCAUCAGACAGAGAAAAUGCCUCUGAAAUAAUACAUUUAAUCAAUACAUACGAUUCUGAUGCGUCGUCAGCACAAAAUCAGCAUCCCAAAACAGGACUUGGGAAAUCUCACCGUAAACAUGAUACUCACACUCAGCGAGCUGUUCGUCACAGAAAGUCCACGCUGAAGACCAGUGAAGCUCCCAGAGUCACGUUUGUUGAUGUUAAUGGGAGUCCUGAACGACGGUGCUCAGAACCAGUGAAGAACUCCCCCAUACACAGCAGGACACAAGCUGAGAGCAACUUCACCCCACAUCCCAGCAACAAAAGCAAAACGACUGUAAAGCCGGGUACUGUUUCAAAGCCUGGGAUAGGAGAUGAUAAGAGAGCCCAGGUGGUAAAAAAUUACUUUGAGAGCAGAGAAAACCCAGUUCUGCAUCCUCCCAGACUAACAUACCCAAACACUGGUGAAGAUGGACCCCAACAGAGACCCUCAACUAAACCAGAGACAGCAGGAAAACCCUGUAAGGGAGGUUAUAAGAAGCCGAUGGAGCUGCUGCUCAGCCUGGUGGAUGAGUACUGGUCUGGGAAAAAGAAGAAUCACAACACUAAACACUUCUUCAUGCAUGCAGUGCGGAUCCUCUGUAUGAUGGAGCAGGAGGUGGUGGGUGGGGAGGAGGAGAUGGAGGCUCUAAAGCAGAAGAUCCAGACGCUGAACAGCCGGGCGGAGCUCCAGCAGAAACACCAUCAGUCUGAGAUUCAGAGUCUGACCAAUCAGCUGCAGCGAGCGCACGCCUCCAUCCAGCAGCUGGAUGAGCAGCUGAGGAGUGUUCUGGAGGAAAACGUGUCGCUACAGAAGCAGCUGAUCAGAUUAGGGCAGAAACUCCUGUCUGAUCAGCUGAGGGAAGCAUCCAGCUCUGCAGACGCAGGUGAAUAGAGGACAGCAAUGGAUCCAAAAUUUAAGACGACGCCCAAAGACCCACCUACCCUGCCAAUCAGAAGUCUGGACCCACAGAAGAUAUUGAUCAGUUUUGUAUUUUAUACACAGUGUUUGUGCAGUUUAGGUUACAGAUCAUAAACUAUUCAUCACAAUUUAGUUUUAGAUAUUUUAUUUAAUAUUUAAUGUAUUGUGAUGUAAUCUGAGAAGAAGACGUUACAAUAAACUCUAGAUUAAUAUAUUGUA